UUUUUGAAGAUGGAAGUGAAGGAACGAGAGAACUCGGAGAAGCUGAGAGAAUGUCUCAAGAAUGGCUCAUUGACUCUGAGAGACUUAGACAACAAGAAGAGGGGGUCCUCGAGAGGCAGAAGACGACGCAGCAAAGGCAAGAGUGGAAAAAAUGUAACAACAGAUGAUGCGACAAAUACACAAGCGAUUGAUAAACCACAAAGCACCUUGAAGGCUUCCAAGAUUACCAGACAACCAAAAAUGGAGAGCAAUUCGAAAACUGCAGAAAAAAGUCUUAAGUUGAAAUCUCAAGACAAGGAAUCAGAAAAGGUUGUACGCAGCAUCCUUGAUGACGUAAUUGAUCAGGUUUCCAGAUAUUGUUCUGCUACUAAGAACAGCAUUGCCAAAGAACAGACAAAUAUGACCCCCACCCUGAUGGGAGCUUCCGACGAGAGAGUAGUAGCUAUCCGAAAUUUCUACGCAGACCAGAAAAGAGCAACACAGCAGUUAUUAUAUAAAGCAGCAGAGGAAAAUGUGAAGGACUUGAUCAUGCGUGCAACUACACGUCGUCGCGAUAUUCCUAGCCCCGACAAGGGACAGUUAUCUAAAACUGCCCCACUCAUAUUUGCAAUUUAUGGCGCACGACAGAGGGCAUACCAACAGUGGAUGAUCUCUGAGAAAUUGAAAAUGCGAAAGUUAUUGUAUAAAGAGGCACAGAAAAAUGUGGACGACCUGAUAAUCCAAGCAACUACUAACUGCGAUAUUCCUGGACCAGUCAAAGUAGAAGUGGAUGUGCCUAGCUUGCUACGAUUUGUUUACAGACCAGUCAAAGUAGAAGUGGAUAUGCCUAGCUUGGUGCGAUCUGUUUACAGACCAAUUACAGUAGAGGUGGAUAUACCUAGCUUGGUACGAUCUGUUUACAGACCAAUUAUAGCAGAGGUGGAUGUGUCUAGCUUGGCACGAUCUGUUUUCAGACCAAUUAUAGUGGAUGUGCCUAGCUUGGUACGAUCUGUUUACAGACCCAUCAAACUAGAGGUGGAUGUACCUAGAUUGGUGCGACCUGUUUACAGACCCGUCAAAGUAGAGGUGGAUGUACCUAGCUUGGUACGACCUGUUUACAGACCCGUCAAAGUAGAAGUGGAUGUACUUAUUUUGGUACGAUCUGUUUACAGACCCAUCAAAGUAGAGGUGGAUGUACCUAGCUUGGUGCGACCUGUUUACAGACCAGUCAAAGUAGAAGUGGAUGUACCUAGCUUGGUGCGACCGGUCAAAGUAGAGGUGGAUGUACCUAUCUUAUCACAAUCUGCAGAAUGUGAUUCCAGACUGAGGGCACUCUUUGAAAAGAGGAAUGCUGAGAAAUUAACAUUGCAAAAGACUAUGAACAACACAGCCUCGGAGGUCGUUGAAGACCUAUUUACCUGUGCAGCCACUAACACAAGCUUAAAGACUUUAUCUGAACCAGAUGUAAGCAACGAAAUGGAGGAUGAUUCUGUGCCAACACAGAAAGGCUGGAGAAGAUUCAUUUGUUGUGUCAAACCAAAGAAACAACAGCAGAAGAAAGAGAAGAAAGGGAAGUUUGGAUUGCUUACCAGACUGCGCCGCUUGUUUAACUGCCGCUAAAUUGUCUGAAAGUUCUAGUUUAUCAUUAGAAGAUAUGUGUAUAUAGAAAACAUUUUUUUGAUUCAAAAAAGUUACAUAUAAUUUGGUAGAUGAUUUGGACAAUUCACUUACUAUAACCAUUAUUUCGAGA